AUGCCACUCACAAUAAAUGACGAAUCGCCAAAACCAAAAAAAAAUGCAUUGUUGAAAAAUUUGGAAAUCGAUGACUUAAUACAUUCUCGAUUUGUUACGAGCAAUACAAACGGGAACAGAAUCACGAGACAACGAUCUAACCCCGCUAACAAUGGGGAAAAUCGAAUUAGACAGGUUAUUCGGUCCAAUAGAAAAAAUAAUGCGAAGAAUAAAGGGUUUGGUGUCUCCCAGCGUCCCAAAGUUGAAGCAGAUAUCCCCAACAAGAACGUCAUAAACUGGGAUAAUGACAUUAGAAUAAUGAGCUUUCCUAUUGUCGGGCCAAGUAUUGAAGUCAACGAAAAGUUGGAGAUAAAGAUUAAAUAUGAUACAGUCAACUUUUUCAAUUUUGAAAGGCUAAUAUCAAAAUCUUCGGCUAUAGCGCCAAUCGUAAACAAAAAUGUCACUCCACCCAAGGCGUCGACAGGGUUUCAGGGAAAGAUCAACAGGUUAAAGCAGGCAUGGGGUAUACAACCCGAAAAUAUAACAUAUGCUCCCCCUUCCGCUGAUAUACCGUUGAAAGAUAAUGAUUCUUGGCAGUGGUAUGUACCGUAUGGUGGAACAAUAAAAAAGUCGAAGGAUUUCAGCACCAAAAAAACUUUGCCUACCUGGGAAGAUAAGAUGAAAUUUCUUACUUUUUUAGAAGGUUCUAAAUCUGCUGCGUACAUCAAUGGCAAUGUAUCACUUUGUAGCCAUAAUGAGAGCGAUCAAGAGAAUGGUGACAGAAAACGAAGAAAAGGUAAAAUUUUAAGAAAACGAAACAAAGUGGGGUAUUCACUAAUAGAAUAUAUCGUUUUUGGGGGUUAUGAAAUUAAGCCUUGGUACACAUCACCUUUUCCUGAACACAUCAAUCAGAAUAAAAUUGUUUUUAUAUGUGAGUUCUGCUUAAAAUACAUGACUUCCCGAUACACUUGUUAUAGGCACCAACUAAAGUGCUUAACCUUCAAGCCGCCAGGAAAUGAAAUUUAUCGCGAUUGCAAGCUAUCUAUUUGGGAAAUUGAUGGGAGAGAAAAUGUCUUAUAUUGCCAAAAUAUUUGCCUGCUGGCAAAAUGUUUUAUCAAUUCCAAAACUUUGUAUUAUGAUGUUGAGCCUUUUAUAUUUUAUGUUCUGACAGAAAGAGAGGAUGAAGAAGAGUCUAGUCUUCAGAGGUCACCCAAAUUCCACUUUGUAGGCUACUUCUCUAAGGAGAAAUUUAACUCCAAUGACUAUAAUUUAAGCUGUAUUUUGACUUUACCCAUAUACCAAAGGAAGGGAUACGGACAACUGUUAAUGGAGUUCUCAUAUCUAUUAUCUAGAAAGGAAUCGAAGCUGGGAACUCCUGAAAAACCAUUGUCUGAUUUAGGCUUGUUGACUUAUAGAACGUAUUGGAAGAUAAAGUGUGCUGAGGUAUUAUUAAAGUUGAGAAACAUUUUCAAAAGUCAAUCAAGCGAAAAAUGGGAAAACCCUGUCCACCAGCUUACAUUAAACGAUAUAUCUAAAUUAACAGGAAUGAUACCAACAGAUGUAGUAUUUGGAUUAGAACAGCUUCAAGUGUUAUAUCGCCGUAGAACAAGUUCGCUAUCCUCUUUGAGUGAUUUCAACUAUAUCAUAAAAAUUGAUAGUUGGAAUAGAAUUGAAAACAUCUACAAAAGCUGGAGCUCGAAAAAUUAUCCUCUUCUUAGACAGGACAAGUUGCUUUGGGAACCUAUCAUUCUAGGGCCGUCAUUUGGUAUAAAUGGGAUGAUGAACUUGGAACCUACCGCGUUAGCAGAUGAGGCUAUUACUGAUGGAGCUGUUGCUCCUGUAAUUUCAAGUAAUACACAUAUAGAGAACUACAAUAACAAUAGAACACAAAACAAAAGGAGGCGAGGAAGGAGAAGUGGUGAGCGCAAAGCAUCCAAACUCAACGUAAACAAUGUCAUAAAGUCGGAGGCCUCUGUUGAUGACUUUUUCCAAAAUACGAUAUCCUCGUUAACGGAGUAUAUGUGUGACUAUGACACUAUAAAAGGUGACAGAUUCGCUGACAAAAUAGAUAAAACGGUGAUAGAAAACAUUUAUAGCCGUGAAAAAAUCCCCAGAUCAAAAUAUGGCGCUGAAACUCAUUGGAAGCUCUGCUUCACUUUAAAAAUGUCUGAGGUGUCCCUUGAAACUCAGACUACAAAUAACAACGACACUGCAAUAUCAAGCUUAGAGCAAGAAGAAGUAGAAAACGAGGUACCUGAGCCAAGCGUAUGUGCAGAUGCUGAAGAUGAAGAUUUUACGCUUGAUGAUGAUGUUGAAGGGGACGAAAAAGAGUCAGACGAGAAUGAUUCAGAUGACUUAGUUAUCGAAGAAGACGAGGAGGAGAGCACAUACGGGGAUGAUGAUGAUGGAGAGGAAGAGGAACGAGAAGAAGAAGAAGAAGAAGAAGAAGAAGAAGAAGACGAGGAAGAAGAAGAAGACGAGAAUGGUCUAAAUAACAACCCCCAUCAAGUAAGAGUCAGAACAAGGAGAAAGGUCAAACUGAUAGAGGAUGAUGACGAAUAA